AUGCAGCAAGCGACCUCCGCCGAACGAGCGACGGGGCCUCCGUCCAACCCGGUUGACUACACCGGGCUCUGCCUGCUGUCGCUCGACGGCGGGGGAGUGCGUGGUCUAUCGACCCUCCACAUCCUCAAGAGCCUCAUGACCCAGCUGAAUCACGAACGCCAGAAGACCGGAGCUCCCGCGCUCAAGCCAUGCGAAUUGUUCGAUCUUAUCGGCGGGACCAGCACCGGCGGCUUGAUCACCAUCAUGCUCGGCCGGCUCGAGAUGGACGUGGACGAGUGCAUUGCCGCCUAUACCCGACUGACUAAGGCUGUAUUGGAAGAGAGGGCGCACCGCAUACCGUUCAGCUGGUCAGGACAAGUUCAAUCACGAUUCGACAGCAACAAACUCAAGGCCGUCAUCGACGACGUCAUCACGCGCCAGGGUUACUCUCCGACGGAACCAUUUAAUAACGAGAAACCGCGCGGAUGUAAAGUGUUCGUCUGUACCGCGGCGAAGGAUCUAUACGGAAUUACACGUCUCCGAAGCUAUGACCUUCCCCAAAAACCGAACGUGCCGGCUACUAUCAGUGAAGCCGCCCUCGCUACGUCCGCUGCCACCGGCUUCUUCGAUUCCGUCUCGAUUGGAGCCCGACAGUUCGUGGAUGGCGCGUUGGGGGUAAACAAUCCGGUGGAAGAGGUGGAAGGAGAAGCGGCCGACAUUUGGUGUGCUGAAUCCGGCAACGUCAAACCGCUAGUGAAGUGCUUCAUCUCGAUCGGAACGGGGAAUCCGGGCAAGAAAGCGGUUGAAGAUAAUUUACUGAAGUUCUUGUCGCAGACGUUGGUCCAAAUCACAACGGAGACCGAGGAAACCGCCAAAAGGUUUGUGGGCCGGUGGCGGCAGCACUUGGACCAGAAUCGAUAUUUCCGUCUCAAUGUCGAGCAGGGACUCCAGGAUAUCGGCUUGGCCGAGUACAAAGAGCAAGGUCGGAUCGAGGCGGCAACGCAUCAGUACCUGGACGACCAUCAGAUCUCCCGCGUGCGGCACUGCGUGGCGAAUUUGAAGCAGAAGCAGAGUGUGAAAGACGGAGAAUUCCUUGGAAUACAUCAUUCAGCGUACUCGAAACCAGUCAAGUCGUACGGUCCUUCCCUGCUAUUAUAUCCCCCUCCCACGGAACAAGCGCUUCGUGGACCGGGGGGUGGUAAGCGAGCUCCGCCAGCAACUAUUCGCAUCCGAUGGCGGCCACAAAGUCUCGCUUGUGGGAUUGGGUGGUGUGGGAAAACCCAGGUGGCUUCCCGCAUCGCCUUCUGGACGAAAGAGAAUAAGCUGGACUACUCCGUGUUCUGGGUAUCGGCCAUGAGCGGCGCGAGCUUUGAACAAGCCUACACCGAGAUAUCGAAGAAGCUAUUUGUGCGAAAGAGCUCAGAAGACGAAGAUCUCCGGGAGUCUGUCCGACGGUCGCUCGAGUCCGACGAAAGUGGAAAGUGGCUGCUCGUGGUGGACAAUGCGGAUGACAUGGACGUCAUGUUUGGCUCUUCUGAGAACCCCGACGGGAUCUUUCAAUACCUGCCAGAGACCGACUAUGGCCGGAUCUUAUUUACGACCCGCUUUAGGAGGGUAGCCGCGGCCGUUGGAGGCGAGAUGGUCGAAUUAGUAGAGAUGAGUCCCCCCGAGGCGGAGCGCUUACUGGAGAAGUGGAUAUUUCGAAAAGACCUCCUCCGCGACAAGGAGGGAGUGGCGGACUUGCUCUGCGAGCUGACCUAUCUUCCUCUAGCCAUUACGCAGGCGGCAGCAUAUAUCAACACGACCGGAGUACCCAUUCGCAAAUACGUGGAACUGAUCGGCAAAACGGAUCAGGACGUGGUGGGACUGAUGAGUCGAGAGUUCCACGAUUCCACUCGACCCAGAGGGUCACGACAUACCGUGGCCACGACGUGGCUGGUAUCGUUCCAUCAGAUUCGACAAUCCGACCCUGCGGCCGCUGACCUGUUGACGUUCCUCUCGUGCAUCGACCCCAAGGCUGUUCCACAGUCCAUUCUGCCUCUCUUUCCGUCCGAAGAAGCAAUGGUGUUUGCCAUCGGGACGUUGGAUGCAUACGCAUUCGUGGUGCGGCGGGGAAACACAGACACGUUCGACAUGCACAGCCUGGUGCUCUUGGCCACGCGGAUUUGGGUUCGAGGAGAGGGGGUCGCGGGUCGGGUGGAGGAGAGUGCCGUCCAGCAUGUGACGAGCGUGUUCCCAUCAAGUGACUACAGCCAGCGAGAUCGGUGGCGGGAGUACCUACCGCACGCGCUUCGUCUCCUCCAGCGGGACGAUACGGUCGACUUAGGGGAGCGAUAUGAUCUGUGUAUGAAGGUAGGGCAGUGUCUACAAGUUGAUGGUCGCAUUAAGGAAGCGGUACGACAUCUCCAAGAGUGUUAUAACUGGCGAAGGGAGCACCUUGAUGAGGACCAUCCCGAUCGACUGGCGUCGCAGCACGAGCUAGCGCAGGUAUAUCGGGCGAAUGGACAGGUAAAGGAGGCGUUGCGGUUGCUGGAGGAGGUGGUGCGAAUUGAAGCGCAGACACUCGCAAAGGAUCAUCCAGAUCGACUAGCAUCACAGCAUGGGCUGGCAAGAGCAUAUGAGGCGAAUGGACAGAUCAAUGAGGCGAUGCAGCUACUAGAGGAGGUGGUGCGGAUUAAUGCGCAGACGCUCGCGGAGGAUCAUCUGGAUCGACUGGCGUCGCAGCACGAGCUGGCGGGAGUAUAUGAGGCGAAUGGACAGAUCAAUGAGGCGAUACGGUUACUGGAGGAGGUAGUACAAAUUCACGGGCAGACGCUGGCAGAGGAUCAUCCGGAUCGACUGGCGUCGCAGCACGAGCUGGCGGGAGUAUAUCUGGCGAAUGAACAAGUGAACGAAGCAGUACAGCUACUGGAGGAGGUGGUACGGAUCAAAGCGCAGACACUGACAGAGGAUCGUCCCUCUCGACUGGCGUCGCAGCACGAGCUGGCAAGAGCAUAUAAGGCGAAUGGACAGGUGAAGGAGGCGGUGCGGCUGCUAGAGGAGGUGGUGCGGAUUCGAGGGCAGACGCUGGCAGAGGAUCAUCCGGAUCAACUGGCGUCGCAGCACGAGCUGGUGGGAGCAUAUCGAGCGAAUGGACAGGUGAAUGAGGCGGUGCGGUUACUGGAGGAGGUGGUGCGGAUUUGCGGGCAGACGCUGGCAGAGGAUCAUCCCUCUCGACUGGCAUCGCAGCACAAUCUGGCUAUUGUGUUUUGGGAUCGUGGCCAGCAUGCUACAGCGUUGGAGAUGAUGAGGCAUGUCGUGAAGAUCCACCGACGAGUGCUUGAUAAAGAUCAUCCUGAUCGCAUAGCCUCUGAGGAAUGGCUGGAACUUUUUAAGGAUGGCACAACUGAUACUUAG